AUGCUGUUCAAGCAGGUUGUUCUUUUGGCAUUUGCCGUUGCUGCUGUCACUGCUGCGCCGGUUCCGCUUGAUGCGAACGCUGUAGCAGCAGAUGCACCUGCCCCACUGCCAGCACCACCCGCACCAACGCCGAGUGCACCUGUACCGCCUCAAGGUGCUCCAGGAGAGAAACGUCAAGCUGGUAAUCGUCCUCCACCGCCCAACGCUCCUGGUGGAGGACCUGGCGGCCAGGCUCCGCCUCCACCUCCGAAUAACCAAGCUAACGGUGGACAAGGUGGACAGGCUCGUCCCCCAGGCCCACCGAGGGAAAAGCGUAAUGCGCAGCAGGCUUCUCCGCCUUCACCUCCACCGACGCAGGCAACAGCUCCCACACCACCACCUCCUACUGCGACAAAUCCUGCACCGCCUGCUCCUACCACAGAUGCUGCUCCACCCCCGCAAGGUCCACCUGGAAAUAAGCGUGCUGAGGACGCUCCUCCCCCACCUCCGACGACAGCGCCGGUCCCGCCUCCUCCACCUCCACAAGAUGAUCCAGCCCAUGUAGCCGGAAAGCGUGCUACGCAACCGCCUCCUCCGCCCCCGCCAGGACCACCGGGUGGUCGGCAAGGACCAAACAGAGGUCAAGGUCCUCCUCGUCAAGGUCCUCCUAGAGAUAAACGGGCUGACCAAGCUGCGCCGCCUCCUUCCCCACCUCCUCCCCCGGCUACGACUCCUUCGGGUCCACCUCCGCCUAAGAACAACGCUUGA